UUGUAUAUGUACAAAGAAGUAUCUAUAAUUCCGAGCGAAGGAUUGAAUUUGGAAUUCGACUGCAGUAUCAACGCAAAUGCAAUGCUGACUACAAAAGGGGCAGAGCAGAUGUUUCAAAUGGGAAAAGAUCUCUAUAGUCGCUACAAGUCCUUCUUCGCAACUGAAUUCGAAAAGAACCCCAGUCGAGCAUUACGCGCAGUUUCAUCACCAACAGAGCGAUUAAUAGAGUCACUGAAAUCUGUUAUGAAUGGGUUUUUGGAAUUUGCCAGUUCGAAGCCAAAUAUUCAAAUUAAUAUCUUGGAUGACGUGAAAAAGAACUACAUGUUUCUGCCAGUUUCAGUAUAUCCUGAGUUGAAAGAGUCCCAGAGAGCAGCGCAUAAUCACAAGCGGAAAGCGCAGUUUGUGCCAGGCUACACAGAAUGGGCAGCGGAGAUGGAGAAGAAAUGUGGCAUUGAUCCAGAGGAUCUGAAUCUCCACCACGUGCGGGACUACCUUUGCUCCUUCUGGACAUUCGAUAUGAUGAAGUUGCUGAGUGGGACUGGGGUGACGAGGACGGAUCUGGAGAAGAGUGAGCGGUUCUGCAGCUACACUGUCGCCAUGGAAACAUUGAACAUUGAGAACGGCUUGAAGCUCGCCUCUGCUGCUCUCUUCCAAGAACUUCUGCGACUGCUGAAACGCGAAGAUGAAAGUACUAUCUGUCUACUAAGUGGUCACGAUACCACUAUCAACUCCAUCAGACUCGCGCUCAGAGCACUCGACUUCACCUGGCCCGACUUCGCCUAUAACGUCGAAUUUGAAUUGUACGAAGAGAAGCUUACCAAGCAACUCAGUGUCUUGAUUCUGUUCAACUUGAAUCCAAUCAUUGUCAAGGUCAUCUCAGAUCAGCCACUCAUUCCGCUUGAAGUAUUCGAAAGUUGGAUACAAACUGAGUUUCUAUAAGUACUUUGUAGUGCAUCCUGUUUUCGUAUUCUUUUUUAUAAAUUGCACGGAGUAACUGCGGUUAGAUUUUGGUCAAAUUUUAUAUUUUGAAUUUAAUGUUU